UACGUGUAUGUAUAUUAUAUAACGAUAAAAGGAUUGAAUGUAUGCAAAUACUGCCUUGGCAUUGGGUUUUAUUUUACAUGUCUAUGUUUUCUCAAUAGUUAAAACGAUGAAAUAUGUACUGUACUUUCAGAUGGUAUGGUAGUCACAAGAUGCCAGUCUAGCUUACUAUAAAUACUCUAUUGCACAAGGAUGAAUAGGACAAAGAUAUAAAUAAGUAACUGUACAGCAGCUUCAUUAUCAAAGCUUUCUCAUUAGUUCAUACCACUAUCAUCAUUUACAAUCAGUGAUUUUCAUAUUUAUUAUUAAUUAUUAUUAGUGCAUUUAAAUAUUAAAGUACAUAAUAUACAAAUAGUGAGGGACUAUGUACAGUUACCUUCACAGUUAUGCAACAAGGUUCAUUGACAAGUGACUCCUGCUUCCAUUGUGCAUAGAAUAAUUGUUCUAGCAUCCAUCUGUCACAUUUGAGACCUGUUCUAUGAUACUGAAAUUCUUAUCUUAAAGAUGAGUUUGAGAUCUUUUAUAUUUUUCUGUUUAUCGCUGUUAUUAUUGAAAAAUGGAUUUGUUGAUGGCACUAUUACAGUAGUAGAGGUUCCAGCUGGUCAUUUGGCUGAACUUCCAUGUUUAAGCAGUGAUGAUCAUCAUCGUUUUAUGUUUUGGCAACUUACAGAUGAUAGACGCAUUAUUGGGCCUGGCAACCCCAUGGAUGAAAACAAGUACAAUUAUGAAGUAUUGACUGGAAAACUCUUUAUUAGGGGCGUAUCAACAGCUGAAUCUGGUUUCUAUAAGUGUGCCUCAAAAGGCAUAUCAGAUCACUCUACUAUCAAUAUUCAUGUUGUUGAAUUGAUUGUUAAAAAAGAUUGGGAAGAUGUUUGGGAAAACGAUUUUGAGACGAAUUUGUUACGAGGAAUGGCUGCUGCUAUGGUUGUAAUCGUUACAAUAGCAGUUGUUCUUUUUAUCAUCACAUCAAGAAGACGACGUAAUCGCAGAUUUUUCGAUUUCGAAGAAUCAAGGGAAAAUUCACCAGCAAAAUACACACCAAAUGUUAGUGUUGCUCCUACACUACCUACACCAAUAGUUGAAGAAGGCGGCAUUGAUAAUGAAGCCCUUGAUAUUGAUUUUCCGAGAGUAUUAAGGCAAAUGCAGAAAUAAUAACCAUUGUGAUAUAUUAUAUAAAGCAAUUUUUUUAUAGUAGAUUAUAAUAUAUCUUAUCAGAAAGACUCAUAGAAUCAUAAAUCGUUUAUUUUUACAUACAUGUAUAGAACUUUCAAUCGUACCAUUAAGACACGAAAGGCAUAUUUCUUAAUAAUAUAA